ACAGCGCAGCCGCCGGUGGCUCCUCUCGGCGACCCCGUGGUGGUGUGGUUCUCGCGUGCCCCCGUCGAGUUGGAAGCACGGUGGCGUGUCUGCUGCCGGUGGCGGGAAAAAACUCGCACGGCGUCUCUCGCGGUGUGGAUUACCACAACGGCAGGAAGGAAAAGGGCGCCGACAGAGUGACACCGGAUAGCCGACGCUCAGGCAUUAAGGCAAGAGGCUGAGCCAGUGGAAGCCCGAGGAUGACGCAAACAUCAACGUUGGCGACGGCGCUUUUCGCCUCGUCGCUCUUCUUCCUCUUCUUUACAACAGGUGACGCCGUCCAGUGCUACAUAUGCAGUUGGUCCCCGAGGAACCAGGCAAACCGGACAGACUUCUGCACACACGCGAACUUCAAUCCGGAAAAGAACUUCGCCCACGAAUGUCCCCAGGGAUGCGAGUUCUUCUCUCAGAACGACCUGAACGGUGACUUCGAGCACGUCCGCCGCAACUGCGCUCCGAGCAACCCUCCGCACAAGGGUUGCCUGACCGAGACGAGCCGGGCCUGGACAACGGUGCGCUGCAUCUGCGACUCGGACUACUGUAACGCGGCGCCCCAGCAAGAUCCGACAACGGCCGCGCUUCUGCUGCUGCCUUUGUUGCUCGCAGCCGCCUCUAGAAUGCCCACCUGAACGCUUCCUCGGUGUUUGCUCCACCAGAGGAGAGAGGACGCCCGUGUUUGCGGAGAAAUGGAAAAAACGGGGUUCCCUCUCUGUUCGUAGUCAGCCACGUGGGCGGGGAUAGAAGCUCGAGACUUUGUACGUGCGCGUGUGUGUGCCAGUUCCGUGGAAGCUGCGAAUCGACUCGUCGAGGUUUCUCGAUUUGCUGUAAAUAGAUUACGCCUCACUUAUUACGCGUUACACCAGCCCAAGAGUACGCAAAGGCAAGAGCGGAGUUUGACGACCAUGGUCUCGUUUCGUGGCCCUGUUGAUCUGAGUAGUUUCAAGAUUGACGUC